AUGAGUACAUUUGGUUAAAAGUAUAGGGUUACAACUUUUGGAGAAUCCCAUUCAAAAGGAGUGGGUUGUAUUAUAGAUGGAUUUCCGUCUAAUUUUAAAAUUGAUUAAGAAGCCUUAUAAUAAUAAUUAAAUAGAAGAAGACCAGGUUAAACUAGAUUAACAACAUAAAGAGAUGAAAAGGAUAAGGCUAUAAUAGUUAGUGGACUUAAUACUUAAAAUAUAACUUUAGGGAGUCCAAUUAUGAUAAUGGUUUACAAUGAAGAUAUGAGGCCAUAAGAUUAUAAAUAAUUUGAUUAAAUACCUCGUCCUGGUCAUGCUGAUUUUACCUAUUAAAUGAAGUAUGAUAUAAGAGCAGAAAGUGGAGGAGGAAGAUCAUCUGCAAGGGAAACUAUUGGAAGAGUUUGUGCAGGAGCAAUAGCUUAAUAAUUUCUAAAUUAAAUGAAUAUCACUAUUUCAGCAUGGGUUUCAUCUGUAGGAAAUAUUGAAAUUCCUAAGGAAAUCUAAUAAUAAUUGAUAUAAAGUCCUCCAACUCAAAAUUAAAUUGAAGAAUUUAAUACAUUAUAUUAAUUUAGAAAUCCACAUUAAGAAUCUGCAUUAGAAAUGAUAAAAUUAAUUGAAUAAGUAAAACUUGAUAAGGAUUCAAUAGGAGGAACUGUUACUUGUGUUAUAAAAGGUUGUCCAAUAGGUUUAGGAGAACCAUGUUUUGAUAAAUUUUAAGCAGUUUUAGCUCAUGCUAUCAUGAGUAUUCCAGCUACAAAAGGUUUUGAAUUUGGUUCAGGUUUUGAAGGAACAAAAUUAAAAGGAAGUGUCCAUAAUGAUAGAUUUAAAAAUUUAAAACCUAUAACUAAUAAUGCUGGAGGUACUUUAGGAGGGAUAACAAAUGGAGAAAAUAUUAACUUCAAAGUUGCAUUUAAGCCUGUAUCUACAAUUGGAUUAGAAUAAGAGACUUGUAAUUUCAAAGGAGAAGACAUUAUUUUAGAAGCACAUGGACGUCAUGAUCCUUGUGUUGUAAGUAGAGCUGUACCAGUAGUUGAAAGCAUGGCAGCAAUUGUAGUUCUUGAUUUGNAACUUAAAAAGUAUCAAAAUUUGAAAGUAGUGUGA